UAUUUUUGACUAGACACUUCUUAGAGAAAUAUGGCCACUUGUCUUCAAAGGAUCUUCAUUGCUGGAUUGGUCAUUGCUGCAAGCACUCAAGCAGCAGCUGCUUCAGUUACAGUUAGUUCUGCCGCUAACACUAUCCUUGAAGUCAACACAAACUUAAGUGAGUCAAAAUACAGUUUAUUUCCAACUGUAGCCUUUUGCUUGUUCUAUGGAGCUGAUGGCCUCCUGAGAGAGAGAGCUUACAAGUUCCUCGGCGUCUUUGUUGCAGUCGUCAUUGUCCUUUUAUACAUAACUAGUAACUUCAUCUAUCACAUGGUGAAUAUAGCCCAAGACAACGAAGAACAAUUUAGUCAUGGGGAACUUGCUGCUCGAAUUAUUUGGCUAGUAGUCUCGUGGAUAUUUGGUCCU